AUUAUUAUUAUUAUUAUUAAAUAAAACAUUUAACCCUCUCCCAACACCUUCUUGUUCACCAGUUGCUCUAGGGAUACAAGAAUGAUUGACAGACUGCACUUUCUUUCGGUGAGUGGCCGGUGGGGUGGGAGGUUUCUGCCGUGUAAGAGAGAACAACUCGCCAUGAGGAUCUAUGAAAAGUUAAGAGAGAUAGUGAAGAUUCAAAAGUUCCGCAGAUUGGUGUCAUAUACUGGGUUUUACUGCUUUGCCACACUCAUAAGCUACGCUUAUGUCAACAAUACGACAAGAGCUGGUUACUCUAGAGCCGAUCAAUUCUAUGCAUCAUACCCUGCUGGUACCGAGCUUUUGACGGACACUACCAAGUUGUACAAAGCUGCUCUUGAAAACUGCUUUGAAGCUGAAGAGUGGGGUCCGUUUGAGUUCUGCAUCAUGGCAAAACACUUUAAUCGUCAAGGGAAUUCGCCAUAUGCUUAUCAUGCGCAAUACUUGGCACACCUCCUUUCUCUUGGACAACUUGAUGGAAGUGGUUGAUCAGAGUGAUUUACAUAUAAACUAUGAUGAAGUAUGACAGUAGAAACUUUUGCAAUAUAUGAAGACAUGUAAAGACAAAUGAGAAAACAAUGAGGUUUGAGUACUUACUGAGAUUUGAACUCCCUGUGCAUUCUACAGCACUCUUAGGAAUAAGGAACAAAAUAUGUGUAGCAUUUUGUCUCUUUCGGGUAGGGUAACAACAGAUACUCAGCUUUCUUCCUGUUCUUUGAUAUUCAAACUCAAUCAGUCUCAAAUGUUUCUGAUUGAGUUGUUUACAGUACUAAUUGUCUAAUGCUAUCCUAAUUAAGACUAUUUUAAUAAAUGUUGGCAUUUAAAUGAAAAAUAGUUUAAUUUUGUUUUUAA